GGGCGCAGUGCUCAGCUAACAAAAACCUCGCUCCUGAGCUGCGCAGCUUUAACUGAAAGCGGCAUUGUGGACACAGCGCCCACCUCCGCUCCUCUGGCUGUGUUUUCUUUUUCUUUGCACAAGCAGCCAUUAUAGCUGAGAUACAAAAGUUUUUUUUUUUCUUUUCUUCUUUUUUUUUUUUGCUUGCGUGUUCAAGGUGCAAGUGCUUCUUUUGUUUAAAAGCCGAACGCGACACGGAGUGAAGGCAUUCGCUGCGUGGCGCAGCGCGACAGUGCGGUGUCCGAUUACGAACCACCGUGCGCCGGGCGGCUUGGUCCCGGUGAGCGCUUCCCCGUGGGGCAGAAAUAGCACACUUUGGCUCCGGAGGGACGAGACGGAGCACAGAGGAAUCCCUGUAGAGACAAGGAGUUUUUUUGUGUGUUUUUUUAAAAUUAUUAUUACAAUUAUUUUUGAACGUGGUCGUCAUUCCCAGAGACAAAUAAGCUGUAAGGAUAUUUCAUCUCCAGCUCCUCUUCAUUUCCAGUUACCCUCCACCACUCUUCUCACUGGGACAAGACACGCAGUUUGGCUCAGUGCUAGAUGAACGGGAGUUGGGCACUUUACUUGGUGUGUCCUCUUGCUCUUGGCCUUUGAGGCCUAAGGAGAAAAGAAGCGAAGCCCAGACCCCCAUGGGACGCCCUGUUAUCCAGCAUGCGCUGCUGCUGUUGCAGUGCAUGUUGGUCCUGCGCCCUUGUGGUGUUGCCAGCAGGAGAGGGCCGGUGCUGCUGCCUGAAUCUCCCUGCCACAAGACGGAGCACCCACUCAUCCCACACUCAGAGAUGGAACCAUGGAUUUUCAGGUUCAAAGCAGAGGGCACGGUGGAUUAUUCACAGCUGACCUUCGACCCUGGCCAGAAUGAACUGAUCGUUGGUGCCAGAAAUCACCUCUUCAGGCUCAACCUUGAAGACUUGACAUUGAUCCAGGAGGCUGAAUGGCACUGUGAUGAGUUCACCAAGGGAGCCUGCUUCAGCCGUGGGAAAUCCGAGGAGGAGUGCCAGAACUACAUUAGGGUGCUGCUGGUUAAUGGGAACAGGCUGUUUACCUGUGGAACCAAUGCAUUCACCCCCAUCUGCACCAAUCGAACGCUGACGAACCUGACUGAGAUCCACGAUCAGAUCAGCGGGAUGGCUCGGUGUCCCUACAAUCCCCUGCACAACUCCACAGCCCUCAUCACGUCCAGCGGAGAGCUCUACGCCGCCACCGCCAUGGACUUCUCUGGAAGAGACCCGGCCAUCUACCGCAGCCUUGGCGGACUGCCACCAUUACGCACUGCCCAGUACAACUCCAAGUGGCUAAACGAGCCAAAUUUCGUCUCCUCCUAUGACAUCGGCAACUUCACUUACUUUUUCUUCCGAGAAAACGCGGUGGAGCAUGACUGCGGCAGGACCGUGUUUUCCCGAGCCGGACGUGUUUGCAAGAAUGACAUCGGUGGCCGCUUCCUGCUGGAGGAUACGUGGACCACCUUCAUGAAAGCCAGGCUGAACUGCUCCAGGCCAGGAGAAAUUCCCUUCAACUACAACGAGCUGCAGGGCACCUUCUACCUGCCUGAGCUGGAGCUGCUCUAUGGCAUUUUUACGACUAAUGUAAACAGCAUUGCUGCAUCUGCAGUGUGUGCCUUCAAUCUCAGUGCCAUAUCCCAGGUUUUUAAUGGACCUUUUAAGUACCAGGAAAACUCGCGAUCGGCUUGGCUGCCCUACCCCAACCCAAACCAAAACUUUCAGUGCGGCACCAUCAACUCUGGCUCCUAUGUGAACCUGACUCAAAGGAACCUGCAGGAUGCACAGAAGUUUCUGCUGAUGCAUGAGGUGGUCCAGCCAGUGGUCCCCGUUCCUUAUUUCAUGGAAGACAACGUACGCUUCACUCAUAUAGCAGUGGAUGUGGUGCAAGGGAAAGACACGCUGUUCCACAUCAUUUAUUUGGCCACUGAUUAUGGCACUAUCAGAAAAGUGCUGUCUCCUCUCAACCAGUCCACGGGGAGCUGCCUAUUGGAGGAGAUCGAGUUGUUCCCGCCCAGGAAGAGGCAGCCGAUACGGAGCCUGCUGAUCCUGCACAGCCGCAGCGAGCUUUACGUGGGCUUCAGGGACCAGGUCAUCAAGCUACCCCUCAAGAGAUGCAGCUACCACAAGAGCAGAGAAGCCUGCGUAGGAGCCAGGGACCCGUAUUGUGGCUGGGAUUUGUUGCUGAAAAAAUGCACCACCCUGGAGGAAAGUGUCAGAAUGAGCCAGUGGGAGCAGAGCAUCACAAAAUGUCCAGUCCGUAACAUUACAGUCGAUGGGGGCUUUGGUGCCUGGUCUGGCUGGUCCACCUGCACCCACAAUGACGGAGGCAGCUCAGGGGCUUGUUUGUGUCGGACGAGAGCCUGCGAUAACCCUGCCCCUCAGUGUGGCGGCCAGAAGUGCUACGGGAUCAGCGUUGAAGUCGCCAACUGUUCCCGAAAUGGAGCUUGGACUCCUUGGACUUCCUGGUCCCCUUGCAGCACCAGUUGUGGCAUCGGCUUCCAGGUGCGUCAACGCUCCUGCAGCAACCCAACGCCUCGCCACGGUGGGAGAGUGUGUGUUGGCCAGAAUCGUGAGGAAAGGUACUGUAACGAACACCUGCCCUGCCCUCCCCAUGUGUACUGGUCGGCCUGGUCUGCUUGGGAACGUUGCAACGUGCCCUGUGGCGGAGGCAUCCAAUCCCGACGCAGAACCUGUGAGAAUGGCAACGACUGUCCAGGCUGUGGUCAGGAGUACCAGUCCUGCAACACCCUGCCGUGCCCCGACCUCAAGAAGACGACGCCCUGGACGCCGUGGACGCCCGUCAAUAUCUCCGACAACGGCGGCCACUACGAGCAGCGUUUCCGCUACACCUGCAAAGCGCGCAUCCCCGACCCAAGUCUCCUGGAAGUGGGGAGGCAGAGGAUUGAGAUGCGCUACUGCUCCAGCGACGGAUCCACUGGCUGCUCCACUGACGGUGAAGUUCUUCGUCUGGGGAGGAUCUCUGGCCACACGGUGAAUGGCGGCUGGUCCUCCUGGAGUUCCUGGUCUCAGUGCAGCAGAGACUGCAGCCGAGGCAUUCGGAGCAGAAAGAGGACCUGCAGCAGCCCAGAGCCGCGGUACGGAGGACAGACGUGCCUGGGCCCGGCGCAGGAGUUUCAGGAGUGCAACAUCACACCCUGUCCAGUGGACGGCAGUUGGUCCUGCUGGUCAUCGUGGUCCAAGUGCUCUGUGACUUGCGGAGGAGGACACUACAUGAGGACGAGGACCUGCAGCAACCCUCCGCCAGCCUACGGAGGAGACAUCUGCCUGGGACUGCACACCGAGGAAGCACUGUGCAGCACGCAGGCUUGUCCAGAGAGCUGGUCCAGCUGGUCCGAGUGGUCCCACUGUGACUCCAGCGGCGCCCAGCUGCGAGUGCGUCACUGCGACGUCCUUUUCCCCACUGGAAACCAGUGCUCAGGAAACAGCAGCGAGACCAGACCCUGCUCCCCUGACUCCAACUUUAUACCAGAAGUCUCCAUCGCACGCUCCAGUCAGGAGGAGAGGCGCUGUGGAGAUUUCAACCUUUUCCACAUGAUCGCAGUGGGUCUCAGCAGCUCCAUUCUCGGUUGCCUGGUCACGCUGCUCGUCUACUCCUACUGCCAGCGCUACCAGCAGCAGUCCCACGACGCCACGGUCAUCCACCCCAUCUCCGCCGCCCCGCUCAACACCAGCAUCACCAACCACAUCAACAAACUGGACAAAUACGACACCGUGGAAGCCAUCAAGCCAGACGUGUCGGUACUCUUGCCUCUGGACGACCCUGCCAUGCACCAGCCUCUCUCUGCUAACAUGGGGGUGUCUAUGCGUGGACUGGAGAUUUUCUACUAACCAACCUCAACAACAUCCUGCUUCUUGACUCCCCACUCCAACCAAAACCCCGACAACUCUUUGACCCCCGCCCCUCAUCCAGUACUACUUCCUGUUCCCAAACGAGUCCUGCCCUUGCACUUCCUGUGGCACGUCCUGUGCGUGGCAGGUUGGGAGUACAGCACUCUAGUUUCUCUUUUUCUGCUCAGACCCCCUUUCAUCCUUCCAUCAUGGCUGCCUCCCUUCUCUCUCCCAGCUUGCGAGAAGGCAGUGUAUCCCUCCCCGUUUUUGUGCUUACAUUUGCAUGUCUGUUUUUUGUUUGUCCUUCAUGUUAUGCUGUAUUUUUUAAUUGAUCAUUUAAUUGGAUGGGUUGUAAAGGAAAUAUCGUUGUAAGGUUGGCUUAUUACCUUCCUCUGUUACCUCUCUAUCACUAACGGCGCAUUACCAUUCAGGCAAAUUGUGUCUGCCGUACCAGAAACUCCAACUUAAUCAUUCUUAAGCCCAUUAUAAUAUGCUUAAAGGAAGAGGACAGAGUAGAUGAUGAUGCAAACAAGCAUUGCUGCACAGCUGUUUAAAGAUAACCAAGUGGACACCUGCAGAGAUACAUAAGCAUCUUUGGUGCUGCAGGAGAGCUCAUUGCUUUGCCUUUGUCUGCAAAUCGCAUAAUGGGAACACAGCAAAAUAUGAGGGUGUUUUUUUUUUUUUUUGCUCAGCACACUUGUCGGAAACAUCCAUCAGCUGUAAAUGCAGCAUCAUCAAGUGUUCAAUUACGCCGCCCCCAGGGGGACUCCCAUCACACUUCCCACUACAACAGACUGCAUAUGAACACGUCUAUUUGCCAAAUUGUUGUACUGAGCAGCACAUCAGAGGCUCGUUCUAUGUUUACUGUGUCAUGCAGGGACAGACAAGAUGCCCCCGCCCGUCCCAAUAGUUCUUCCUGAUUGUUUAACAGAAAUGCGACUCGCCUUUGAUCGAUUUUUAUGGCUCUGAUUGUCCUGGAGGACCGACAAUCCGAGGGCCAUAAAAACCGCUGAUGCUGGGUAUUAGAGAUGACAGAGGUGGACAUUCGGAUGUGCAUCAAAAUAAUUUAGCCCUGUGGUGACUUCUCAUUUUUCCGGCCUGUUUGCAAAUGCUCUGACCUUGCUCUGUGAAAUGUAUGUUCCAUUCACCGAGCAGUCUCCCAUUGAUUUAUGUUGCUCCUUUGGAUUUACUUUUACCUUGCCAUCUGGGCUGAAUAAUCACUUGAUCCAUAUGUUGUGGGGGGGAAAAAAAUGCCCAUACUGACUCCUGUUCAUUUCUCCUCUCCAUCUAUUUUUUUUUGUUCUUUUCUUUAU